AUGUCUGGGAGGGCAUGGUUUGUAAAAUUAUUCAUGUUUUUGGCUCUGAAGCAUUGGUCUAGUUAUGUUUGUGCAGGAUCACAAUUGGAGGCAAAAAUUCUUGAUGAUUGGGGAUGUACUCCAGAGACUCAUUCUUGGACAAAACUCAAUCCUUCUGAAGACUUUUUGGUCACAGAGUUCAGUGCGCACAAUAUGGGUGAUUUGGAGCAACUUUUAGGGAAGCAAAUUGGCCAGGGAGUAAGUCAGUCCUUUGAUGACCUUGGAAAAACUAAUCAUGGUACACCUUCAACACACAAGAUUUCAUCAAUAGACAUUAUGAAUCACACCCCUUUGAUGGAAUACAUCCCAGAUAUCACCUUUGCAAGUCCAAGUAUACCAGCCAUAAAUACAAAAGGAGGGCAUUCUCUGAGAGAAGUAACAUCUGAAAAUAUGUGGGAAUACAAUCAUGAAAUUCCAACCUAUGAUUCAUUUAGUCCACAAGAGGCUGAUAUAUUUGAUUAUACUCAAUCCAUGAAUGAAUAUUAUCAACACCAUGAAUCUAUCAGGAACAAAGAUGAUUAUCAGCAAUCAGAAAAGCAUUCCUUUCUGCCUCCAGGGGUAACCAAUGACACACAGGAGCUCUUAGGGUGCAAUUUGAAAACAAAUCACAUCCCAAAUGGCAAGGAUCAGUUGUCAAAAAUCACAAGCCUUGAAAGGCUUCCUAAUCAACAGAAUGAGCUCCCAGAUUCAAAGAAGAAAAAUGUUCUCAAACCAAUAGUCAGCAGGGAAAAAAUCAGCAGGGAAAAAAGUAUCUCAAAUAUAUCACGGAAAAGAAGACAGCAAAAAUAUGAAUUGGAAGCCCAUGGUGUUUUUGUCCAAACAAGGAUUGAUGCUGUGAAAAGAUACAGAUUAAAAAGAAGAAGGAGAGAAUUGGGUAUCACCCCAGUUUUUAAUGAGAAGCACAUCAAUCUCACAUCAGAUAAGGAGAAAUUAUUGGCUCCCAUGUCUGAUGCUUCAGUGGCAAGACAAAAUGAACCGGUUGAUUUUACUGGUACUAACAAUGAACAGAGGAUCUCAAUAACUGACCAAACCAUGGCAAUUAAAGAAAAAUGUGGCCCUGCAAGUAGCAAAGAUGUGCAGUCAAAUGUUGGGAAGAAGAUUUAUGGUCUUCUUCACAAAAUUGGGAUGCUAAAUGUGAAUCGGUCCCCCUCACUUUGUUAUGAGAUAUAUGAGUUUUUCCUAGAUAUUUACAAGGGAAUCAAAGGUGUAGAACAAUUUGAUGCUAAAGACGUCAGAUCUGUAAGGCGUGCUAUAAAGAAUGCAGCAUAUGCAGUUGUCAUGACGUUCCUUGGUAUCCUGAGAGUCUUUGAGGCUGGUCAAAAUGAAGAGAAUGACACUGAAAGAACACUGAAGGAUGGUUGGAAUUUCAUGAAAGGCUUUUAUAGCACCUGGAAGGAUGCAACACUUGAGCAGUUUCAUUUUGGAAAAGUAACUCAAUUUGAUCAAGGGCAUUCAUUAAAUCCAGAAUUCCACUUGAGAUACUUGAAGGAUAUUCAAAACAGGGCUGCAGUAAGCUAUUCAAUGAUAUUAUCUAUUUCACUGCUUUGGUCCAAAGAUAGAGGGCAUUCAAAAGUCCCCACGGAUAUGUGGAAUCAAUACAAGACAGUACAAACCACAUGGUACACUGAUUGUAAAACUGAUCAAGGUGGAAUUUACACAAGGAGGGGUAUCCGGAACUACUCAUUCUGGGGCCCAGAACAAUUUGAAAGGGACAAUUGGCACCUGAAUGGCAAAGAAAACUUAUCACCUAACCAUAUAUGGGAAUUUGGCUCAAAUGCUGCACAGUUCCAUACAGAUGUUGGUAGGGAAGUGUGCAAAGAUUUACAUGUGUUCUUUGAGGAUCUCAUCCAUAAGCUACAUAUAUCAUACAAGAAUCAAUGUUCUGAAUCACAGAAUUUUCCAGCUGAAUCAAGUGUCUGGCACAAUGGGAUUCAUUCAGAUGGUCUUAGCCGUAUAAUUAAGGCCGUCAGUUUGGCACAGUACAGACUGACAGUUCCUUUUAUUGGACUGAUCAGAGUCUUGAACAAAGAGAACUUGGAUGCCAACCAACUACAAAAAUUGAUUCAAAAUGCAAUCAAAUUUCUGAAGAUGAAUUUUUCUGAAUGGAAGAAACUUGAUUUCAAUUCCAGAGAUCUUCAGAGGUUGCUUUUCUCCAAACGCAUUCUUGCUUCACCCAAUUCAAUCCGUUCUACUGAAGAUAUGUUUCAAUCACUUGUUGUAUGUAUUGAUCCAAAUAAGUUUCCCUCCCAAGCUAUCCUUAAACUCUUUGAUUCAUGGCAAGAUUCAAUCACUACAAGCAGACCAGGUUCAGAUGACCAUAUUGACUUCCAAAUUGUGAAAAUACCUUCUGUCUCUGUUAAACACCUCAUUCACUAUGUUCAACAAAUUCUUGAUGACCAUUGUCCCUCAACUAACAAGAAGUAG